AUGCCACCGUCCCACAUCCUCUUCGACUUUAUGCAUUGCUACCUGUGCAAUGGAGUCGCAUCGUGGGAGGUAGGGUUGCUCAUGGAGAAAAUUUGCACUGGCACGGAUAUCACCAGAGAAGUGUUGGGGAUCGCCGCUAAGGAGGCUGGAUGGCGUGGCACUGCAGCAUCCGGCAAAAAGCUACCUGCCAGCUUUGUGGCACGAGCGCCGCUUGUUUGGGACAGUCUGUACAAGGGUCAAGCGCAUCAAACAGCUGCCAUUGUACCUUUGUUGCGAUACUAUCUGGAGGAAGUAUUUCAGCCAAGCACUCAACUUCCAACAGAGGUGGUCUCGUCAUUCAGCCGUCUUGCCAACUGUGUUGCCUUUAUUCGUUAUCUGAGCAACCGUAUGGAAAAGAUUUCCGAACGGGAAGCAAAGCACUUGGAUGAGCUACAGCGCCAGCAUCAACAGGCAUUCGUCCAAGCAUACCCAGACAGCAUCAAGCCCAAGCAUCACAUAAGAUUUCACUUACCGGAGCAAUAUCUCAAAACAGGUAUCUUUUUGAGUUGUGAGUGCUUGGAGAGCAAGCACAAGCAAUACAAAUCGGGUGUUGCGCAGAAUCAGAGGAGCACCUGCAAAGACUUUGCUCAGUUUAGUUCUUCUGUUCUUCAGCGGCUCCUUCAAAAGAAUUUCAAGCUCUUGCAAGACAAGGGACUACCGUUUUGGCAACUGAUGCCACCCAUCCACGAGGCUAGUCUGGACGACAAACUGGCCUUUGUAACCUUGAACUUGACAACCAGUGAAAGCUGCUACUUGACCAGCGGCGUGGUCUCAAAGACCGACAUUGUCCUUUGGCAAUACACGGCUGGUGUUGUGCAAUCGUGGUUCUAUGAUCCCGCAACUGGUUUCUACCUGCGCUGCUUGAAACUCGACUUCGCGCCUUGCUGCCUUUGA